AUGGAAUCAUCCGCGUCCGGUUCAGGAGAAUCGCAAACUCAAAAAAGAAGUGUUAUUUGGAUGCAUUUCACCAAUAUAUCGGAAGCUAAUGCAAAGUCUAAUCUUUGUAAACAUAUUUAUUCGCAUAAAAAUGGAAACAUUAGCAAUUUAAGGAAGCAUUUGAAAACUAAACAUCCGACUCUUUCAUUGGAAGGAGAAAGGGCAAAACGGCGGGUGGAAGACGAAAAUAUGCCUAGGUGCAAAAGGAACUUAGUUUCAGGUUCUAAACGAAAUGUUCAAAGAGUAACUAAACUAAAGAGUCCAAAGUUCGAAAGUAACGAGUCCUUACAGGUCCUAAAAAGUAACGAAACUUUGCAUCACUAUACCAUGCUGUAUCUUAAAAUUUAA